AUGGAGAUUACAUUUUUUAAAAUCAUUUUAACAAUACUAUUGUUAAAUAAUAUCAAUAGAUUCUAUCAAAACCAUGUUAUGGCAUCGAUGAUUUGGCACCAAUAUUAUUCUAGUGGUGGUCAUUCAUCGAUGGGUGGUCAUCCAAUAGUCAAUGAUUUUGUCCAAUCUCAAAGACUUGCAUUGAAUAUCACUGUUGAUUGUAAUCCCAUCUUUAUUGGUGACGACUAUAUCAUUCCAGUACGUGUUAGUGACGGUAUCAUCUUUGAAAAGUAUGACUUUAACGAUAUCAAGAUCUGGUCAUCCAACUUUAAAUUCCCAAUUGAAGUGACCACAGUCACCACUGUCGUCGGAGGUGAUGUUAUCAAUGGAACUGGUGGUCCAAACAAUACAGUUACCACUCAACAAUUACAAGCUUCAUUUAAAUUCUCUUUGGCCACUAAAAAUGGUAGAAUCUUUAUUCUCUAUCAUGAUAUCUAUAGAUUAAUUGCUAUUUCAUCUGAAACUGGAGAUUAUUUAUGGCAAACACCAAAUAUUUCAUUUAAUGAUUGUAGUUAUCCACAAAUCAUAAAAGAGAAAUUAUUUGUAAAUUGUUAUCAAAGUGGUAAAUCCAUCAUCUAUCAUCUCAAAGAGGACGAUGGUAGUCUGAUUAACCAGAUGGAUUUAGCUGCCAAUUCCAAUAGAACCAUUGUUACUGCUUUCAACAAGAGAAUGAUUCAUUUCAAUCUAGAUACUGGUGAUGCCAUGGCCAUUGGUUCAUUGUUUUUCGAGGAUUCCUCAUUGCCAUCGGAAAGCAAAAACAUCAACGAUGUCAAUACCACCAACAAAGUCUAUGUUUUUGGUGGAUCUGACACUUUUACUCCAUGUAUGACCGAUGAUUGUUUCUCCUUCUUUUCAUGUUCCCACAAUGAUUCCACUAUGAUCAAUACAGUCAACUUUAAUGAAAACGAGAGACAAGAUGUUAGAUUGGAUAAUGGUGGUUGUUCAAAGAUUACUGAAGCCCGUGUUGCCAGAAAUGAACAUGACCAAGUAUUCUUUUUCUUUAACAAACUUCAAGAUAAUAUCCCUUCAUUCUCUCUUGGUAUGGUUCAUGCUGGUAAAGCUCUUCAUAUUUAUAGUGCUUCAAAUGAAAGAAUAUUAGAUAUUGCAUUAUCAUAUAGAGAUGAAUCAAGAUCAUUUUUAUAUGUUUGUACACCAAGAAGAUUAUUGAUGGUUUCAUUAUCAGAGACUAGAGAAGAUACAACCAAAGAAUAUGGAUUUGGAAAUGAUUUCUAUCUCAGUCAAUGUCAUAUUGCAGCCGGUUCCAAUCAACUCUUGGUCUACACUACCAAUGCUACCGAUGGUCAAACUGUAGUAAUGAGACUACGUGACUCUGUUUGUAUCGAACCAUGUUCUGUCAAUUCUACCGGUUCGUUCAAAUGUACCGAUCAUGGAUGUGAUUGUAUGACCAAUUAUUAUCCAAAGGGUCAAUGUGGUACCUAUUGUCAAAUCGGAUUCACUUGUGUCAAUGGUGAAUGUGAUGAUCAAGGAAGAUGUUCUUGUCAUUCACAAUGGGCUGGUUCCAAAUGUGAUAUUUGUUCAAAGUAUUAUGUUGGUGAAAAGUGUAAUAUUCAUGCUGCAUGGGUUGCAACAAUUACUCUAGUUGGAGUUGUGAUUCUAAUUGCUACAGUUAUAUUGAUGGCCAAGUUUAUCAAGGACAAGGAAGAAGAGAUUGAAGAAAAGUUGAAAUACACUGAAGAGUACCAAGUUUAUCCAUGGUCAUGUGUUAUGAUUGUUCCAACAAACUGCCUCCCAUGUUGUAGUGACUGGACAAAUCUAUCAUCUGUGCCUUGCUGGGAUUGA